AUGCUGCGCAGCCUGCUCGGAAAGGCUACCGAUCCUCCGGUCUCCUCUACCAGCACCUCCAAGUCCCGCCGCCGUCAGAGAGACUCUGAUGACGUUUCCACCAUUUCUUCGUCUUCUCCCCGCCGUCGCAGAGGUGACCACGACCAUCCCUCUUCUUCUUCAAGCUCCCGACGCAAGUCGUCUUCCACUACUACUACUCCUCACACUUCCCGAGGUGACGAUCGAGGAAUUGGUCGAGUAAACGUAGAUGACUAUCACGCGCCUGCUUCAUCCGCCCAUUCCUCUGGCAGACAUGGUCGCGAUAGCACCGCUAGAUCAACGGCGUCUAGCUAUGCAACAGCUGAUCCAACGGGGAGAACCCAGGAGGACUAUGAUGGCUCUGUGCUGAGGCCAAAACAUGGGCGCAACGAUGAUGGGCGCUUCGAUGCACCCAAUACUCGUCGCGAGCGAUCCAGGAGCGCUGAUCGAGCUGAUCGAAGGUAUAGGAGAGAGAGGGAACGUGAAAGGGAUAUCAAACCACAUUCGCACCGGCGAGCUAGGUCUGAGGUAAUUGUUAACAACCCAAAUGACUACUCCCGUAGUCGAGAUGGCACUAUGUCGUCACCUGGAGAUCAAGGGUUUGUGACGGAAAUCUCUCAGCCUGGGUUUAUGCAAUUUCCUAUGCAACAUGACAAUACCUUUCCUGGUGCAGCGCCUGGAACCGGACCGUUAGAUACCCAUCAAAUGUCUGUUUCGCACGCUUCUCCUUACCCACCUCAACAGUUCCCGGUCGGCCCGCCACCAGCGGAUCCAACGGUUCCAAUUCCGGCCCCAGAUCUAGGUGAGGCAGCGGAGUAUUAUGGGGACCAAGGGGAGUCAGUAGCGACCCAGCCUGGCGUGAGGCCCAAUCCGCCAUCCCUCAUUGUUGGAGCUGAACCACAUUUGAUGGCUGCGUCAGCAACGCCAAAUCCCCCCGCUGAACCAUCGUCUAUGGGACAAGUGGGUCAUGCGGCCGACUUCUACGGCGAUUCUUCACCAGAAGUUACUAAUCAACAGCAGCAACAUACCGAUGGCCCCGGCUUACCUGCCGAUCUUCUGCCGGACAGACCCCCUAAACCAUCCAAACCAUUCAAACCGGGAGGGCCAGGAAAACCGUCAGUCGCUGUUGCGGGAGUAGCAGGGGCAGCUGCAACUUACGGAAUCAGUUCAUUGAUGGGAAGUUCCAAUGAACACCACUCUACUUCCCCACCAUUUUCUCCUCACCACGAAUCAACACUGCAUCCCGCCCAGCAGCCAGACAAUCCUCUGUUCAAUGGUGGACGCCCACCAAAACCAAACAAGCACCAUUCCAUGCCUAUUGUAGGUGCCGCCGCACUGGGCGCUGCCGCAGGAUAUGCCGCAUCGACAAGCCAAACGACUGUCUCCCCGCAGAGACCCAGUAUGUACUCUGGUAUCGUACACCAGCAACCCUUCCAAACGGCCCAGCCAUAUCAACCAGGUUCCUUAGCCUACCACCAACGCCAGCAUGGUCCAUUUAGAAAGUUUGUAAAUUUCUGGAAAGACUCAGAGGCUGUCGCCCAGUAUGAGGAAUACUCCGAAUACACCGGUAUUUGCAAAUAUUGCUUCGAACCGGGAACUACUUCAAGGGAUGCCCCGCGUAAACACCGCCCUGCCAGACGUAGGUAUUCUGACGAGUACCGUGGUAGACAAACUAGAGUGGAAAAGUUGAGCAGAUAUCCCUCAUCAUCUGGUGAUGAGAGCCGUCGUACAAAGUCUAACAAGAAAUCUUGGCUUGCAGCCGGCCUCGCUGGUUAUAUUACUAAGUCACUUCUUUCUGACGGAAGCAAAAAAGAGUUUGAUGAUCUAAAUAGUAUUCGUUCUGGGCGACCUGAUAGUUUCACGACAAGUACUAGCGCUUCAUCUCUAGGGAAGAAGAAUCGUACGUCUGAGCCACCUGCAAAUUACUCUAUUCGCAGUCACUCUCCGAUGGGACUUGACACGCGACACCGAAAGGAUGAUGCAAGCUGGCAUAAUGGUUCAUAUGAAACAUCCCGCCACGGGAACGGUCGACCAAAAUCGCGAUCACGAUCGCGUUCCCGACCUACGUCUCGUGAGAAGAUACAUUCCGGUUUGAGAACAGCAGCCACUGCUGCCGGUGCUGCAUCCGUCAUAUCAUCUGUAUCACAUAUAAGCCGCAGCAGAUCCUCUAAGAAAUCCCGCAGCAGUCGAUAUUCUUCAUCGAGCGGAUCCACAAUUGAUAUUUCUCGCAACAAUAGUAAACCCGGUUUGGCUGGACUCACAUCUUUCUUCAGUGCACCAUCAGAAAAAAAACCAAAGUUGUAUGCGAAGGUGGAUGGUAAGAAGGUGAAAAGAAAAAAGAAGGCAAAAGGAUUUUUUAGCUUCUCUUUCUCUUCCUCUGAAGGAUCAUCCGCGUCUUCGUUUUCGUCCUCAUCCGAUGAUGCUGAUCUGGCCUUCGGGACGGGAUAUAUCAAAUCACCACGAUCUGCAAAAAGUAAAUCCCAAUCAAAAAAUCGUACGGAUGACCACGAUGUUGAUGCGGCACUCCUUGGACUAGGAGCGACAGCCGUGGGCCUUGCAGCAACGGCUUCGCAUAUUAAGGGGAGACGCAGACGUGACCGCCAUUCUUCUACCAGCAGCUCCCAAUCGCCGCAUGCGAUCUAUGGGCGUGAUCCUAAGCCUAUCGGCAUUUCUAAGCGGACUGAUGAUGAUGGCUGGGAAUCCGUAUCCGAUGAAUCUUCCCCGUCUAGUGUGGAUUCUGCGUUGGCCUAUGGUGGACGUGCGGCGCCAUCUCUCUCGUCCGACUCGGGUACCUCUAAAUGGGGUUGGAGGUGGGGCGGCAAGAAAAAGAGUUCAAAAUCUACAAAGUAUUCUGACCAGCCUCCGGACUUGGGGCGGUACCCUCAACAGUCCACGGCUGGGUAUCCACCACAUCAGACCCCUAGCAGCGUGGGCAGCCUGGCAUCAAUGCAAAAUGUUUUCCCAACACCCACGCAAAACCCAUCGUUAUAUGACGUGGAAAACCAAAACUAUUCUUCUCCACCAAACAUUCAAUCACAAGCACCCCCGUUAAUGGCCCGGGCACCUGGCCCCGCUCACAUCCAACAUCCUCAACCAAUUGUCCCCCUAUCCCAAGCACUUUACACAUCGCAGGCUGAACUAGCUCAAUCCUACAAUGUUCCAAGCGGAGGUCAACCUGGCUUCCCCGGAUCUUUUGAUGAAUACGACGAUCGUCACGUACCUGUCCCUGAAUCGAAAAUCGGAUACGGAAUUGCUCCAUUAAUGGAGAAAUCAUCAAGGGACGCUGACUACUACGUUGACAAUGGUAACAACCAUUCCCCGCCACGCAGUGGAGGGCGGCCUCUUAGUUCCCGCAGAAGAGACUCUUCGCCUACAAUUUCGCACGCGCGCGAUGGAAGCCCUAGGCCAAAACAACCUAGGCGUAGUACUAUGUCUCAAGUUCAAUUUGAUCUUACAAAGGAGCAGGAGGAUAAAGAGCGCCAGCAGUUGCGGUAUGAGGAGGAAAAGGAAGCUAGACGGCGUGCAAUGGAAUUACAUGUGCUGGCGGAGAAAGAAAGGAUGGAUAGGGAGGACGACGAUCGUAGUGUGGAAUGGGAACAGAGCCGUGAGCGUGAGCGUGAGCGCCAGCGUGAGAAUGUGGAUAGGAAAUCUCGUGAAUCGACUUCAAGCGGUAGACGUAGCGAUGUGACUGAAGCGUCUAGUUCAUCCUGGGUUUCCCCUGUUGCGGCUGUGGCUGGUACUGCGGCUAUCACGUCCUUGGUAAGUGAAUUGGAUGAGAGGAAGCGGCAUCAAGAACGGCGGGAAAAGAGGAGGAAGGAGAGGCGCGGGUACGCCGGUGAGAGAGAGCAGGAGAUUGAGGAAGAUAAGGAAGGGGACUGGUUUGAACCUGUUGCCGGGCCCGUUGAAGAGGGCAACGAUAAGAUGGAUACCAUUGUCAGCACCGAGCCUGAUUUUGAUAUCAAAGACAUCCCAACGACGAAGAUUCGCCUUGCGAAAAGAGCGGCUGAUCGCGUUAGGUCAUCGCCUGUUUAUGACAAUUAUGCAGAAUACUUCGUCCCACCAGACGUACGGUCUAGCGGUGAUGAGCAUUCUGCCCAUUCCACUUCGGACGUAGAGUCUUCGUGCCCACCUAGUCCCAAUGUCAUUCUCAUCGAACCGCGGAGUGUCCGACUCGAGAGGGAAAUGGCGGCUAUGUUGGCGGAACAGGGGGUGCCUGAAAUUAAUCUUCCCUGGUCUGUUCCUCGCCUUAAUUUAAUAACGCCUACGCCGCCACCGAGUAUUGCACCAUCUGUCGUUGACGAGAAGGGCGGAUGGCCACCACCCAUACCACCUAAGGAGCUUUCGGAUUCGCAACGCGACAUUUCCCCAUCUCGAAUUAGCGAUCCUGUUAUCGAUAUGGAUGACAAGUGUGUCCGUGAGAUUGACGCUGCGGAUAUCAUCUCUGAACAUGUUAAAGCUGCGGACACGCUGCACGAUCCUGAGUUAACAACAUCAGCCUUAUCACAACCAGAACCACAUGAAGAAAGGGACGAUAGUGCAACCAAACCGCUCGAAGAACUGAAUGAACAACCGCCCAAUGUUGUGACUGAAGUUGAAGAUGACUCCGUCGAUGAGGAAAUGCCGCGACACGAGCAUAUCCCCGGUGGCUUUGGAAACGAUUUCGAAUUUGCUGCAACGCUCGCUGCUGGAGCGACGCUGGCAGGCUUCAGUUCCGCUGUUGUCACGGAGGAUCCCACGUACCACCAACGCGACUCGCCACCUGGCUCAGAGGAGGAGGGCUAUUUUGCUUCCCCGAUUGCAGGGGCGAUUCUAGAACGACGGGGUAGCCCUCCUGAUGGUGGGAAGUAUUCUACUACGACCUUCGGAUAUGUUGAGGGUGGGGAGGUGGGGCAUUCUGAUGAUGAUGGCUUGAAAACCGAGGGAGGCGCUGGAGCGGUUGCUGCUGAUGAGCUCCCCGAGGAUACUGGCGGUGAUAGAGGAGAGAUUCUGGAACGCAGUGGGAAGUUAAUAGACGCUGGUUUCAUGACGACUACUGCUGAGGUAGCCGAGAGGAGUGAUGAGAAGCCGGCAAAACUCUCGAAGAAAGAGAAGCAGAAGAAUGAUAAGGCAGCUCAGCGGGAAUCUCAGGGCCAUGAUGAAGCCUCUAAAUAUGCGGAGAAGCCCGCAUUUGAAUCAGCUGCCCUGCUUGAUCCACUCGCAGAGGAGCGGAAGGAGUUUGAGAUUUUAGAAGCAGAAGCGGGAGGGUCUGUACACACCACCCCAACGACUGACAAACCUUCCAGACAUUAUGAUACAGUGGAUGAUAACGAAUUCUAUGAUGCCGAGGACGGAUCGCCGCGCCAUUUAGAUGAAGUCAAUGGUAAAGAGGAGGAUCGUGAAACUGGUUUUGCUAUUGUCGAUGAUCGUGAUGAUGAUAGGAGAUCUGUAGAACAGGAUGACCCUGUCGCUGACCCCAACAAAUCCAUUUCUGCAACUGAUCCUGUUUCGUACAGUGUGCAGCAGGACGUGGAAUGGGGCGAAUCCGAAGGGACGGAAAAGCCAACUAGAACCGACCAGGAUGAAUCCACUGCAGAGGGUCAAGACCGACGUUCCAUGCCAGGGAACUUUUCUGAAGAACCCAAGCAGUCGAAGAAAGCGAAGAAAAAGGCGAAGAAAGCUGCCAAGGAUGCUGCCUUGAAAAAUGAUAACUUUGAACGUGGACCUGAUCCGGAGCUGGAACCCGAAGUGCAAGUUGAAGCGGAUAAGGCACCUGGUCAUUCAGUAGAACCUGAUCCUGAAAUGGAGUUUGACAUUGUCAAUGCCAGCAAAAAGAAAUCGAAGCGGAAAUCUAAGGGGAACGAUAGACAAGUCAAUCCCAAGGACAAGGAGGCACCUGCUGGCUCCAUCAACGGUUCCAAUGAAGACCCUGUCCGUGCCGUUGAAGGAAAUGGCGAACAUGACGACCGUCUUGAUGACCAUGACGAUGGGACUGAAUCAAUGACUGCCUGGAGCCGGACGGAAGGAGGGGAUGAUGCAGAGUCUCUGAAGUCUUCCAAAUCCAAGUCAUCAUCCAAGACAAAAUCAAAGCGUCGGUCGAAGCGCGAUAGUGAUACAUUUCAGAAGGAUCCUUCCACGUCCGCUUCUGCUGUGUCCGCGCCUGCUAAAAUGGCAGAUAAUGACAAGACUGAGCGACGUAAGAGCAAGGAUGGUAGCAAACGGAGCAGCAGCCACGGUGGUGGUGGUGGAGGUUUCUUUGGGCUUUUCGGCGCUUCCAAAUCUCGCGACUCUUUGGCUGACGAUGCCCGUGCACCAGCGAAGGAUAUUCAGUCUGAGGCUGGUGUCAAUGAUUUGGACAAUGUAAGCGCUUCGUCGGGGAAGAGGCGGAGGAAGAAGAGAUCUUCGAAAGGUGGGAAUGAUGGCGUUGAGUUUGGCGGUGAUGAUGGUUUAAGUGGUAGUGGGGGUAGUGAUGGAGAAUGGGCGAAGAAAGAGAGUGAGGAACCAGAUCACGCCACUAAAGAGAUGGAUGCAAUGGAGGAAGUUGAAUCUCCGCAUCGUCGGAGGCGGAAAGAUCGAAAACACCGAUAUGAGGAUAUUGUUGAAUCCGCGAGGAGUGUAGAUGGGAAGAGCAAUGACGCGCGCUUCAUGACGUCUAACGGGCAUGGUGAUCAUGACGCCAGUGACGAAAGUAAGGAUUACACAGAAAGCCAGUCUUUUUUAGGCGCGCACCCCGAAAUGCCAUUGACGCGUGAUGGUGCUUCGGGGUUGCUUGGUUCUCUCCUUCAACCACAAGAGGCGGCCAGCGGCACUGCUCCUGCGACUCUCAUGCAGACCCGGAUGCGGAGCAGAUCGGCGUCUCCCAUGACUGGCAAGAGGCUUUUCGAUCUGACACCAGCUCAAUCGCGAAGUCGGCCUGGGUCACCCACAACGGCUACUCGGAGUGAAGAAGCGCUAAGGCUACAUGUAGAUCCAAGCUCGACUUCCCACAUUAUGUCUUCACCGACUGCGGUGCCUAUACAUUUCCGACGACCGAAACCGUCUCCAGGUGCUCGAAAAACGUCGUCUGUUUCUAGUCCAGGAACGCCAGAGGACACUGUGGGAUCUCCCACAUCGAAGCUUGGAAGUGGCAGUAAACGACCCAGGUCAACGGAAUUUAAGACCUCAAGGGAGUUCAGACCAUUGUGGUUAGUGGAGCGUCACUCACCGGCGAAACUGGAUAAACAGCCGGAAGAGCCAUAUCCAUCACUUCCCUCUAGUAAAACAGCAUCGCGAACUUCCUCUGUCGAGGAUUUGACCAGCUAUGACCUUACGGAGGGUUUCACUGGAGAGGUUUCUCAGGCUUAUCAGGUUCAUCCUCAACAGCAGUUCGCCCAGCCACCAAAGCGAACAAGAGGUCUUUCCUUACAACUUGACACCAACGACACUUCCCUCUCUGAUCCUGAUUUCUUAGGGUCGCAGCAGGCAACCCCCACGGCGGAAAGUUUCCAAGAAGCAGCCCAAACGGCGAAGAAGAAGAAACCGAAGCCGGAGUUCCAUUCCCCCUCUGAUUUGCUUUUUGAUCCCUCUUCUCGCCAAAUUAAAUUGCCGGAAUCUGCGGCGCUGGACUCUCUACAAUCAUCGGAAGGUCUUGUGAGAGACGAAAGGACCCUGGUACCUACGGAGUCUGAUGUGGAUUUGGAGUUACCGCCUCUGCCGCGCUCGUUGACCGCUUCGCCUGAUCUGAGAGAGUCACUACCCCCGCUACCCGAGAGCCGUCCUUCCACAGCUGACUCUGAAAUUGAGCCUCAGUUUUUCACACCGACCGCAGAGCUAGAUGCUUUGCCUCCAUUACCGGGCAGUCGUCCGUCGACAUCUCAUACUACUGCUGCUGAAGCUCAAUUGAUGGGUCAUUAUAUCACUGGAGCAGGUGCGAGUUUUGCGGCUGGUGUGGCUGCACAGCUCGCAAAAUUAGAACUAAAACCUGAAACUGCGUUCUUAGAUGCUACCAAUGUUGGUCAAGAGAUUACGCCUAGCACCGAAACAGUCACAGACACUGAACCCGCAAGGGAGACCGUGUCAAUUGUUGAAGCCACCCCAAAAUUACUUGAAGAACCAGCUCUGGAACCGACGGUGGAGACAAAACGAACUCCACGGCCACAGGAAGAAAUUCAGCCAUCACUACCCGUUGUUGAUUCAGCUUCGUCAGCUCUAGAUGAGGUACCAACCAAGCCAAUUCCCCACCUUUCAGAGCCUAGUCCAUCGAUCGAACACACUCCACCAGAACUCCUGAAGGUUGAAAUGGAUGAUUUCCAGCCAGCUUCAAAGAAAUCGAAGAAGGCCAAGAAAAACAAAAAGAAGGGCAAGAACGCAACUGCCCCCGACGGCCCGCCCCCCCCCUCUAGCAGCGAGCAUGAUUCUGUUUCCCAGAUAAUCAGAAGUGACAGUGCCGAUGUUCCAUUGGCUCCACCAAGCGAAAUGUCAGAGGAAAAGCAAGAAACGGCGCCCAUUGAACUGCCAACGCCAGAGUCUCAAUUUCUAGAAUCAAUAGAGCCAAAGUCGCAAAUGACUAGAGAACUUCCCAUUCAGGAAGAAUUUGUAUCUCAUCAUUUCCCGGCGGCUGCAGACACCAAGGUGGAAUUAGCUACGCAGACUAAAAAGAACAAGAAGGGCAAGGGUAAACAAAAGCAGAAGGCUGGAAAAAUUUCUCCCCAGGAGUAUAUCCCACCAAUGAAAGAUGAGCCCGCCCUCGAACCUCAAACUCCAAGCCAAGGAAAAGAGCCAGAGGUUUUCGCAUCUCUUUCGGAGCAAGUAGUCGGUGAUAUUACUGAACCAACCAAGGAAAUGAGCCUUGUUGACAUCCCUCUAACUGAAGAUGAUAAUUCCAAGCUUUGGGAGCCCACCGCUGUUGAGGGUGUUCUUGAUUUCGGUUUAGCCGGCGAGACAGAAAAUUUAGAGCCGGUUAUCAAUCUGCCGAAUGUAAAGGCUGACGGGCAAAUUCCGCAGAAGAUCGAUGAAUUCGAUCCUGCAAUGAUAGCGCUACCGGAUGUCGGGGAUGCAGAGCUUGAGGAGCCCAUUCAUGAAUAUUCCCCUGAUUCGAGCCCUCUUUGUCCUGAGCAAACUAAUAAUCUUUCCCACAAAACUGUUGACGAAUACGUUCUACAAUCGUCCAUGGAGUUUGACCCUACGAGUAUAGCGUUACCGGAUGUCGAGGAUGCAGACCUUGAGGAACCGACCGCAGAGGGAUAUGUCCCUGAUUCGAGCUUUCCUUAUCAAGCGGAGACAACGAGCAAUUUCACCCCUGUUCUAGAUACGGAGAUGCAAGAAUCCUGCCUACAAUCAGCCGGAGAAAUUGAGCGUGGAAUUAUACCUCCACUAGAGAAUAAGGUCGGGGAUACGGAGCUUCCGAAGGAAGAGUUGGUGGAGCCUGCUGAUCAACGAUUUGCUCCUUCAGCUGAUAAGCGGCCUUCUACACAUGUGGUCUUUGAUGUCGGGGGAGAUAGUUCACCAGUAUAUCAAGAAUUGACGACUGUCUUGCCUGAGUUACUACCAGCGGAACAUGUACCUCCUCCUGAACUCCCUGUUGAAAACACCGAGGAAUACGCAUCACAUAAGAAGGGGAAGAGAGGAAGCAAGGGUCGGAAGUCGAUUACAAAAGAUGAGCCAGCCGAAACCAAGACAAGUAAUGUUCGCCAGAGCCUCGAAUUAGUCGCGUGCAAAGAAUCUCCUUUUGAAUCUCAAGCUUCGGCCCCCGAUCCUUUGGUUCAAGAUAAAUAUGAGCACCGAUCUGAAGCGCAGGUGCAAGACGACGUUAACACAACGCUGUUGGACAAGGAAGCCAAGGAAUCUGCAUGUGACACUCUGGCCAAUGAGGGUUCACCACAUCUGAUAGGUGGAGUCGAUGCACAAAUCGACACGUCUAUAAAGGUCUCGAAAAAACAAAAAAGAAAGGAUAAGAAGAAGCGGAAAGCUUCCCUGGAAACUGAGGAGCAGCCACUACAAUUAGGGUCUUUAACAGACAUGGUUGGCGAGGGAAGCACUGAGGCUCAACGCGAACCUGAGAAAUUGACCAUGGAACCAGACGAUAUGCAGCAAAUCGCACCAUCAAGGUUAUCCGAUGACUCUAGCAAGGGCAAGCAACUGAUAGAGGAAGAUCAACAGCGAGAAAACUUGGAAAAACAAGGCCAAGGCGAUUCAGUAUUGUCAUUGGUUGAGGCGGAGCCAACAACUCACGAUCCUCCAUUGGUAAUUAGUGAAGACCAUGCCAUGGAUAAGGAAAUUUCGGACGACAUCUCUAGACCUCCCACAUCUAAUGACAAGAUUCCUUCGGAUGAACUUAUGAACAAGGAACCGCAUCAAAAUGAUAAGCCUGCGCCUGAUGUUCAGAAGUCUAAGAAGGCGAAGAAGGGCAAAAAGAAGCGGCAAUCGGUCACUUGGGAGGACGAUGUUUUCCAUGCCGAAGGUCCCCAGUCGGCACCUGAUUCUUCCACAAUGAAGGACAAUGAACUCCGCGCUGAAAUGGAGAUAUCCACAUUUACCCCCGCUGACAAUUUGGAUACUGAGGCACCGAACACUUCUAAAAAUAAACGGAAAGCAAAAAAAGACAAGAUAAAGCGGAAAUCUUCAGAUUUGACAACAUCACAGCCUUUAAGCCCGUCCGAUGAGCAACCCCGUUUGCUAGUUGAGUCUAUUGCUGCAAGCUCUGGGGAGCAAUCAGAGCUUUCCACGAAGUUGGAUCCCGAUACAUCCACAGGACCACCUUCACUUGCUCCUGCUAACAAAGUAGACGAAUCACUUAUGGUAGAGUCUCCUCAAGGCCAGCCUCUCACUUUCGAGAAGGAUUUGGAAACAUUCUCCAUCCCCGGGUCAUGGGAGGACGAUGCCGAUAAAGUUAUCGAGGCUCCGUACAAAGACAAUGAAAUAGCUCCUCACGAAGCACCACCUCCCAACGAUGACGGUAAUGAAUCUCAGAUUUCCAAAAAUAAGAAGAAGAAUCAAAAGAAGAAGAAAAGGUCAAGACAUUCUGAUUGGACUGAUGAAAAUACGUCUCCGCAGAUAGAAAAGAAAGAGAAUUCUAAAGCGACACUACCCGAGUCAUUGCUAGCAACAUGCCAGCCGCCGACCAUCCCAACUGAGCCACAUGAAAAAUCUAUAAUACGGGCCCUGGGUCCUCUCCACAAUUUUGUAGAGUCCCCUGUCGAACCUGAACCACUUAACACCCAGGAUCCUUUCAAGCCUUCCCAACAGGAACAGUUUUCAUGUACCAGUGAAACACCUGCGACUCCUGAUAGUCCCGAAGCAAUUGCGCAGGAGCCCCUACUGCAAGCUGCGGAAAUCUAUAUGCCUACGGAACCGUCUAGACAUUUCGACACCGAUACUGAUGCCGAGAAAUUGUCGUGCAGGGUGGAAGCAUCCCAGGCUGAUACCUCUCUGCCGUAUGUGGAUAAUCUUGGCCCUGCCUCAAUUGCCGAAGAAAUCCAGAGGCCACCAACCAAUCCUCUUCAACUGACGGCCGCAGAAAUUGUCUAUGCCAGUAAAAGAGACGCUGGAACAGCUGAAGCAGCAAAAGAAGCUGAAGAGACACUUCCUUCUGAAGCAGUUGUUUCUGAGACAGUGACAAAAACGGAAGGACAAAUUUCCCCACCCCCAGCAGAAGCUGUAUCGCCUCCAUACUUGGGUCCGGAUCUGUUAAUUGCUUCUAAUGAGCCAGGUGAUCAAAUAAGUAACCUUGCAGAUACAGCCAUGGAUUCCCUUUUUGAACAAGAGCAGAUUUCGACUUCGUCGAAAGACAAAACCGGCGACACCAAACCAGAAUUCAGGGAGUCAACUGGAGCUGAAGAUAAGAAGGACGGCCAGGAAGAACCAUUGUUAAAAGUUGAAGAAUCAUCCCAAUCUGUCGAGAUAGAGGGCCGGGAUGUCAUAGAUGUACACUCUGUGAAUGUCCUUGUUUCUGGUGAAAUUCCUCCAAGCCUGUCGGAACUUGUUAACUGCGACGUGGAUGUUGAGCAAUCAGCACAACCUGAACCUGAACCUGAACUUCAACCCAACUUUCAAUCCGAACCCAGCAGCUGGAGUGUCAGGUCAACCAAAAAGGGGAAGCAAAAGAAGAACAAGAAACAAAGAGAACCUCGAGAUGAGAAGGCUCCCACCCCAGAUGAAGAGAGUACUCUAUCAACUCCAGUGGGGUCCAUCUUGGAGCCGACCCGGGAGCCGAUGCCCAAAAUUGUCGACGAAGAGACUGCUAAUCGGGACUUCCCUAUCACGAAAAUGGGCAAGAAGAAAAAUAAAAAGUCUCGCGGUCUUGAAGAAAGUAUUCCCCGCACUAGCUAUCCAGAGCCAGUUGCAACUGAAAACGUUCUUGGAAGUUCGACGAUCAUUGAACCCCUAGAUGAAAAGGAGGAAAGCCAGUGCUCUUUGGGUGUCACAUCCACUGAGACGGAAAAAAAGAAAACUAAGUUUAAAGCUCCAAGUAUCGAUGAAGGGAUUGGCAAUCUUCAUGAGUGCCAUCCGAGUGGCUUAGCACCCACCACGGAUGAUGCGAAUAUCUCUGAAACAAAGGAAAAGGAACUAGAGCAACCGCAGGCGGAUAGUUGGCAUACCUGGGAUAUUGAACGAACCCAAAAAGGUAAAAAUAAGAAUAAGGAUCUCACUUUUGAGGAAGGUACUGCCAAUCCUGUUGAGCCGUAUGUGGAUGAUUCGGCUGAAGCUGUGGAUGAAUUGAACACCCCCAAAUUACAGGAAAUGAAAGUCGAGACGCAGGGGGAUGGGAGCUGGAAUCGUCGGGAAGUCGCUAGUACUAAGAGAGACAAAAAGAAGAAUAAAAAGACCCAGGUUGUCCAAAACGACCCUCCCGGUGGGCCAGCACCACUAUCUGUUGGAGAGCAUCCUGCUCACAUCGACCCCGAGCCUCAGACCGAGCAUGAUGAAAAGGAAUUGGGUGCCGCAUCAACAAAAAAAGGCAAGAAGAACAAAAAGGGUCGAGAUGUUCAACAAAAGGCUCAUUUAACUUUUGAACCCGAAUCGUGGGAACGUAUGGAACUUGGAAUGUCUGAAGAACCUAGUCGCAGCCCAUUGGAGAAGGGACAGAAGGUCAAAGAAAGAGGGAAGGAAGCUGCUGCUAGGCAUCUACACGAGGUCGAAGAAGAGAAAGCUGCAAAAGCCGCCCAAACUCAAGAUAAGGCUUCUGCUACUAUCGAAGUAGACAGCACUUUAGGCGAAACCAAUCUUCCUGGAAUGGAAUCCCUGAUAGACGAUCAAGCAAAGGAGACUCCAAUAACGGAGGCGGAAGCACCUGACAAUAAUCGAAAGGCAAUUUCUGAGGCCAAUGAAACCGCCAAAUGUCCGAAGAUUGAACAAAGAUAUAUUUCUGACGAAACUAAACUAGACCAAAUCCCUGUUAAAGUUGCCGACCUUGUUGGUGAGAAGGAAAAAAAUGAUGUUUGGGAGGAACCAUCAAUGAAAAAGAAAUCUAGAAAGGAAAAGAAGAAUAAGAAGAGAACAAAAAGUGAAGUAAACGUUGGAUCAGCAACUGGAAAUGAAGUUGACAAUGGGGAGAAGGAAGGGCAGAAGCUCGUUGGUGAAGGAAAUGCGCCGCCAGAAAAGUCUCUGUUAAAGGAAAAGAGAAACAUAUGGCAGCAGCAAUUUGAUGAAAAGCCAACCAAACAUCCAGAACAAGCCCACAUGCAAGAGUCUUCUGCUCUUGACAUUCAUCCAGCCGAAGUCAUAAAAGAAUUCACGGGAGAAUCACAAGAGGAGACACCAGGGGAACUGCCGCAAGGGGAAAGAUCUAUUGUGGAGCCACAAAAUGAAGAAGACGAUUACUGGCCACCAAUUGAUUGGGGUAGAGAUAAGGCUUGGAAAAUCGACGAACCUCAGCCCGAGCCCAAACCAAGGGAACCUGACACUUCGUCCCUCGAUCUGCUUCUUUCGGGAGAUGAGCCGCAACCGCGCGAGGAGCCCUUUGGGCAACAACCAGUAGAUGCGCGGGUAGUGGUUGGCGAGAGCAUUGGCGAUUUUGAUGAAAAUGCGAGUCUUAUUUCUCAAGAAACACGCGAAAAAAGGAUUCCAGACGUGUCUUGGGCAUCAGCAAGUAGACCUCUGCCCAUGAAUCCCGAACAAGUCGAGGUGCGCCGGCCCGGAAGCUCCCACAGCGAUGAACUCCCUCCUAUUUCAUUGGAUGUUGACGAACCUGGGAGCCUGCAAGGAGACAUUGACGUUACUGGAUUUCUUCAAAAACAAGACCACAUCGAACGGUUGACUGCUCUUUCCUCGGCCCCGCAAUCGUCAGACGCCGACCAUGAUUUGGAAGGAAAUCUCAAAAUAGAUUCGACCGGGGUCCUUGAUGGCACACACUCACCUGCUGAGCCUUCGGGGGCUACAGGAGCUGAUGACUUUCGGACUGCUAGCAGCAGGAGACAGAAUAAGGGAAAGAAAGGAAAAGCGAGAAGGAAAACUUCCCUCGGUAUACCAAAUGAAGCCGAUGAAAAUAUGCUUCAAGUUACAAAUGAAAAACCUGAAACACAGACUGAACUUGAAACAAGAAUGGAACGCUCCACCACAAUUACCAAAAAAUCCGAAGCGCUGGAACCACCUGAAGGAUUCGUGGAUACUGGAAACGUAGACGACGAGGGUGAUUUUUGGGGUCUUGGCCAGAAGCACGAGAAGAAGGGCAAAGGCCGCGAGCAAGGACGGAAAGGCAAGCAAAGCGUCCCUCUAAAUGAACCAAAAGCUCCAUAUCCAACUCCAGUGGAAACUCAAGAAAAGCCCACCAUCACAGGGUUUACUUCGCCAAGAAUGUUGGAGGAACCGGUUCAACCCCAACCCUCAGGAGUAGUGGCUAGUGUCUUCCCGUUUCUUGAACGGGUAUCUAGAAAACGGCCCUCACAAAAUGUGGGCUCCCAUGAAACCCCCGAACAAGAGACAAAGAAGAAUGCGCAAGGAACCUCGACUUCUUUUAUGGGGAAACAGUCGAUCUCGACAAAGGUACCUACUUUUCCACGAUUCGCCGAGCCAGUAGUUGAUGACGAAACCAUUCCCAAGUUUGAAGAUGCCAUAAAACGUCCACCAGGUCUCGAUCCAAUCCCGCAAGGCCCUGCAACUGAUGAGAAUAUCGAUCGUUCAAUCGAUGUGAGUGACAAGAAUUCCGAACCUGAAUUGCUAUCCAUCAAAGAUACUCGCAAACAGGAGCCUUCUUCUAUGGAUUUAACCUCAAAGAAUAAAUCACCCAUAUAUUCUCAUUCUCCUGCUUCGACGCAAGUUGACGUGGAGCAUUCUAGCCCGGUUUCCCGUGAAGCUCUCGGGGACAAACCUCAACAAUUCCCUGUGAUUCGCGACCUCUCUAGGAGUGAACUUAGCGGACAGUCAACUACGUUGUCAGAAAGCUACCUUCAGCGAGAGCAAAAGCAGGUUUUUGAUUCCCAAACCCCGUCGUCGGAACCCCCUCGCUCCAUAUUUGGAGGGCCCUACGGACUUGUAAAUGACCCGGAUAUUGUGAUCACACCUCCACGAACACCGCUCGCUACGAUAAAGGAGCAUGUUCUAACGGAGCCUCCACGAAACUCACGGAGCCGUGACAUUUCUGAUGUGGGUUCGCGUGGCCGAGUGAAAGCCGCACGACACUCAGCAAGCCCACAGUUGGUACUUGGGCAGGAGCACAUUCUACCACAGCCUAAAUCUCCUCAGGCUUCAAGGCUAUCUUAUCCGGGCAGCGAAGCCACGUUGGAUAUCCCUAAAAAGCGGCGUCCUGAGCAGUCACCCACCAGUGGAAAGGGACGAUCUGCCAGUAGUCCAUACGCAGAUGAGCUAAAAACUGAAUUCCAGAAGGAAGCCACCUGGCCUGUCAAUACGGGCAGUGCAGUACCUGCAAGUGGAUCUCCAGGACUACGUCGAAUCCGCAGUCCUAGAAGUACUGAGCUUAGGGCGGCGAGCAAGGCCCAGGCGAGAGCACGUGAUCUGGAUCUCGACGUGGAGGGGAUUCCUUCGUCCAGCUCUUACGACCCGCUGACCGAUAAAGGGAAACGUGCGGUGCGCGGAAUGGAGGAUGUCUACGAAGGUUGGGGUGACAUACCAGGCUCCCCGCGGUCGCCAACCCGCCCAGCCAGCGUGCGAAGACGACGCAGCUUACAACACCUCCAAGACCUCGAAUCUCGCGUCGACCAGCUCGUAUCAGAGAAUCGCCUGCUUUCCACCGCCAAAUCAACCGCAGAGAAAUCCCUUGAAUCCUCAGCUAUUGCCCAACGACAGGCAGAGAAAGCGGUGCAGACACGUGACCAAGACAUCCGCAACAAGGACUUGGAGAUACAACAAUUGAAAAACUCGCUCGAAUGGUUCCGGAAAGAGGUUGUCCGCUUAACUGAAACUAACGAUGCCCUUGCGGCGACUAACACACAGCUGUCCACUUCUCACGAAGCUGAAGUCGGACAGCACGCGGAAUCCAAACAACUCUUGUUCGAAUCACAACAGGGCUUGAGGGAGCUUCAGGAUCGACACUCUCAACUGACCGCUGGGCUGGAGGGAAUUGUGCAAAACGAGAUAAAUAAUGUUCUGGCAUCAAAGGACGCGGAAAUCGAGCAUUUACGUGGUGAACUAGCCGAUGCACAGGACAAAAUCAAGGAACUUCAAAUACAGAUCAUGGAGACCAUGGCGGACGAUGUGCUUGUCUUCCGGGACGAAGAUUACUUCGAUGCGCAAUGCCAAAAACUCUGCCAGCACGUGCAGCAGUGGGUGUUGCGGUUCUCCAAAUUCUCGGACAUGCGACUAUGUCGUCUCACUAGCUCAAUCCGCGACGCGAAGGUCGCUUCUCGGUUCGAAAACGCGAUCCUCGACGGCUCAGACGUCGAUACUUACCUUUCCGAUCGUGUUCGACGGAGAGAUGUGUUCAUGUCAGUGGUGAUGACCAUGGUUUGGGAAUACAUCUUUACGCGGUAUCUUUUCGGUAUGGAUCGGGAACAGAGACAAAAGCUGAAGAUUUUGGAGAAGCAGUUGAGUGAUGUGGGACCUCCAAGCGCUGUCCAGCAGUGGAGGGCUACGACGCUAGCGCUACUUGCUCAACGAAGUGCAUUCCAUGAACAACGAGCCAGUGAUACCGAAGCUGUUGUCCAGGAAAUCUACCAUACCCUUUCCAAGCUACUCCCGCCUCCUCGUGAAUUGGAAAGUACAAUCGUAGAUUCUCUCCGCAAUGUCAUGCGAGCAGCAGUGGAACUUUCCAUCGAGAUGCGCACCCAACGGGCAGAGUACAUCAUGCUACCACCGUUGCAGCCAGAAUACAAUACCAAUGGCGAAUUAGCGCGCAAAGUUCACUUCAAAGCCGCGCUCAUGAAUGAACGGAGCGGCGAGACCACAUCGAACGAAGAGCUCGAAAAGCAAGAAGCAGUUGUGAGAAUUGUGCUGUUCCCCCUAGUAGUCAAGAAGUGCAGCGACGAAGGUGAUGGUGAUGAGGAGAUUGUGGUGUGUCCGGCACAAGUGCUCGUAGCACGACCAGGGAAGGACAAGAAGGUCGUACGUGUGCUCAGUGGUGACCGGAUGUCCAUUGACCAGGGAAACCAGUCGAUGCAAAGCUUUCCGUCUAUUAACAUGGAUCCGGGCAACGUAAUCUGAGGCGUCACAUUCGAUAUGGUGCCCGCUGUUCAUGCGAAUGUGGAAAUCAGGAGAUUGGCCUAGGAAUUUCGGCUUCGAAUUACAAUAUUUUUCAUUUACC